AUGACAGGAUCGUUUGAAGCAAUUGUGACAGGUGCAACUGGCAUUAAUGGUGUUGCCAUUAUCAAUCGACUGUUAGAAGAACCUAAGUGUUCCAAGAUUCACACUGUCUCUCGUAGACUAAAAGAAAAAUUCCCUAGCAAAGUUAAGCACUAUUCAAUCGACUUGAUCAAUUCCAACCCUGAACAGAUUGCAGAGACCCUCCAAAAAGAGGGAGUUACAAACAUUACAUAUGCCUUCCAUGCUGCCUACAAAGAGGAAUCAGAGGAAAGUGUAAUGUGCAAGACCAAUGGUGCAAUGUUGAAGAACUUUGUGCUAGGACUUGAAAAAAGCAAUAGUAAGACUCUAAAAAGAGUUGUUUUAACAACUGGUCUAAAGUACUACGGACUCCAAUUCGGUGAAGUAAGACUUCCCAUGGAGGAAUCAGAUCGCCGUGUACCUGAGAGCUUUGCAGGUUCCCCCAAUUUCUAUUACGUUCAAGAAGAUAUCCUCAAAGAAAUAAGUGCUAAUAAGCCUUGGGACUAUGUGAUUGCUAUGCCCAAUGAUAUCUGUGGUGCUUCUCAAGGAAGUUACAUGAAUCAUGCAUUCACAAUUGCACUGUAUGCUCUUGUUUGUAAAGAGUUAGAUGAACCAUUCUACUUCCCGGGAAAUGAAAAAUUCUAUAAAGGCUUUGACGAUAUUUCCUACUCACGUUUAAUCGCCGACUUUCAAGUAUGGGCUGCUCAGAAACCAGAAACUAGCAAUGAACGUUUCAACAUCGUAAACGGUGACGUUCACAGCUGGUCAAGAACCUGGCCAAAGAUCGCUGACUACUUUGGUGUAAAAGUCCCUAAAAACCAAUUUGAUAACUGGUCUUCUUUGAGCAACAAGAUGACCUUACCCACACCUCCACCUAUUAAGUUAUACCAAGAGGAAAUGGGCAUUAAGGAUGUCCCAAAUAGUGAACUAAUCAACCAUAUUUCUCUUCCCAAGUGGGUCCAGCAAGAUAAAGUAAAGAAGGCUUGGAAACAGAUUGCUGAACGCGAACAUUUGGACCCUAAACUUUUAGACACCGGCACAUGGGCCUUCUGCGACUUUUUGGUAGGCAGAACUUAUAAUGUGAUUUCAUCCAUGACCAAGGCUCGUGAAUUGGGCUAUCAUGGAUACUAUGAUACAUUUCAAGGAUUCAAAGAAACGUUUGAUACUUUAAAACACGGAAAAGUCAUUCCUUUUUAA